AUGCCCUUAAUUGAUGUUGAGGGUAUAUCAGUAUCAUUUCCAUAUACCCCCUAUUCUUGUCAAAAUGCUUUUAUAAAAUCAGUUAUGAUUGCAUUAAAAAAUAAACAAAAUGCUGCUUUAGAAUCACCGACUGGGACGGGAAAAACUUUAUCAUUGUUAUGUUCAACAUUGGCAUGGCUUCAGGCGGAGAAAGUUAAAUUGGCACCUGAAAUUGUUAGGCAAGCUGCAGUCUCUGGAAAUAAGGGAAAAUCUAAUGAUAGUAAUAAUGGCGGUAGUGGUGAUAUGAUUACUUUUCCAAAAAUAAUUUACGCAUCAAGAACUCAUUCACAAUUAACACAAGUUAUAAGUGAACUUAAUAAAACAGCUUAUAAACAUGUAAAUACAGUUUUACUUGCCUCAAGAGAUCAAUUAUGUGUUAAUGAACAGGUUAAGAAAAUUACAAGUUCCCAUGCUAAAGGAAUGAUGUGUAGAAAUCUUGUUUCAACAAGAAAAUGUAAUUAUUUUACAACAUUAGAAACUGAUGAAGAUAUGCUUUCAAUGUUAUAUGAAAAUAAUGGAGAUAUUUUAGAUAUUGAUAAUUUAGUUAAAAAAGCAAAACAUUUAAAACAUUGUCCUUUCUUCAAAAGUAGAAAAGAUUUUACCAAAGCUGAUUUGAUAUUACUUCCUUACAAUUAUAUAUUAGAUCCAAAACUUCGUGCUGCUCAAAAAAUAGAUUUAGCUGGGAAUGUGAUAAUUUUUGAUGAAGCUCAUAACUUAGAAAAUAUAUGUGAAGAAAGUAGUUCAAUUAAUUUUACUAGUACAGAUAUAAGUAUGUGCCUCAAAGAAUGUAAAGGAGUAAUGGAGUUGUAUUUAUCUCUUGAAGAAACUGUUAGAGAUGAAAUGGAUAACACAGACUUGGCUUUUGGAGAAGCUAAUCUUGAAAAAAAAUUUCCAUUUGAAAAAAAUGAUUGUGCUCAGUUAUUACUUUUAUUACAAAAUUUUGAAAAUGUUAUUGAUAAAAUUGAUUAUUCAGUAUCAAAAACUGUUCAAGAUAUCGAUGGUUAUUUAUUUGAAGGUAGUUUUAUGAUUGAUCUUCUUCAAAAAGCAGGAAUAGAAAAGGCUGCAGCAAGUUCUAUUUCAUCACUCGUUGAUAAGAUGGGACAAUUUAUUGUUAAGAAUCAAUUUUUAGCAAGAGAAUUUGGAUUGUCAUCUUCAGAAAAAUUACUUGAAUUUGCCAACUUAGUUUCAACUAUUUAUGCAGAUUCUUAUGAAAAAGAUGAGGCAACUUCAAGUAUGAGAACUUGCCAAAAAGUUGCUUCCUCACUUUUUAAACUAUAUAUAACAAAAUCAAACAAAUGUGUUGAAUUUCAUUAUUGGUGUUUCUCAGCAGGGCAUGCCAUGAGAUAUAUCCAAUCUAGAGGUGUUCAUUCUAUAAUUGUAGCAUCAGGAACAUUAUCUCCAUUACAUCAAUAUAUUAAUUCUAUUGGAAUUGAUUUUCCUAUAACUCUUGAAAAUGAACAUGCUGCAAAAUGUACACAAAUAUUUUCUGGUGCUAUAAAAAAUACAAGUACUGGAGAACCAUUACUUGGAACAUUUAAAAAUCGUGGUAAUAUGGUAUAUAUGCAUGAGUUAGGUUCAAUUAUUUAUAACUCAUCAAAAAUUAUACCACAAGGAAUAUUAGUUUUUUUUCCUUCAUAUUCUCAAAUGAAUUUACUAAUACAAUCAUGGAAAGAAAAAAAAUUAAAAAGUGGUAGAACUAUUUGGAUUGAACUUGAAAGAUACAAAGAUCUUUAUGUAGAACCAAAAGAUAAGUCAGAUGUCCCAUUGAUAAUAACACGAUUUAGUGCAUCAAUUGAAAGUGGUAAAGGAGCAAUUUUAUUUGCUGUUUGUAGAGGAAAAAUGUCUGAAGGUAUUGAUUUUAAAGAUUCUCAAUCAAGAGGUGUAAUAAUUAUUGGUAUUCCUUUUCCUCCAUUAAGAGAACCUAGAGUUGUCUUAAAAAAAAUUUAUCUAGGUGAUAAUAUAAAAAAAAAUUCAUUAGUCUUAUCACCAGAUGAAUGGUAUAAAUUAGAAGGUAUAAGAGCUGUUAAUCAAGCUAUUGGUAGAGUCAUUAGACAUAAAGAUGAUUUUGGUGCUGUUUUACUUCUUGAUCAAAGAUUCGGAAUGAUGGAUAAGAAUCAAUAUCCUUCAUGGAUGAGAGGAAGUAUAAAAUCAUACGACACUAGUAAAAUAUUUUUAGAAAAAUGUUCACAAUUUUUUUCUGAUAAAGAAAAAAAAAAUAGACAUUUGUCUGGAUGA